AACUAUAAAUAUCAUAAAUAUAAAUAUAAUAUAAAUAUUUAUAGGAAAAAAUGACUACAAGGAAAUACACUUAGCAGGAAUUACCUAAAGUGGUAUGAUAGGGAGGUUUUUAUUUUAUUCUUUUUUCUUUCUGUGUUUUCCAAAACCUUCAGCAAUGAGUAUUGAUAAUUAUAAUUAGGGAAAUGUGUUUUUAAAAGCAAAAAUAUUUCUCAUAUCGCUGCCCUGUAAAUAGCAUAUCCAGAUUUCAAGAUGAUCCAGUUAAGGUCUUAUAAGAAACAUGAGUAUUUACUGUCUGUAACCUGAUACUUUUCUUCUAUCUUUCCUGCAGCACAAAAAUUCUUUAAAUAGUGACCCUAAGAGUUGGGCGGAGACAGAGGUGGGGGGAGUGGGAUCUCAUUCUGUUUUUGCUAAAGUAGCUAAAAUCAGAUAAGAAGCUUUCACAAAUACUUAGUUUGCCAGAACUAUUAACUCUUGUAUAUUACAGAAAACUAGUUAAAACCACUAAGAUAAUUUUAAGUCCUUGACUGCUUUUGAUGUUUAUGAUAUCCUUUUACAAUGUGAAAUUGGUAUGUUGACCUCCUGGCAUUUCUGAUUGAUAGACCCCAGGAAUUCUGAAAAUGACACAAAUUAUCUGAAAAUUUUAAUUUAAACAAACCAUAUUUUAGCAUUGUGUAUCUUAUAUUUGGAUAACUUGAAAUUGAAAUUAAAAUACCUAAAAUCAGUUCAAGGGUACCUUUAAAUUUGUAUAAUGCCUUUUAAUUUAUUUUAACAUAGGAUGCCUAUUGGCUAUAAUUAUUUUGGUUUUUUUCUCCUACAAUAGAGUAAAUAAAUACGUAGUUAUGAUAUUCUGUGCUGAAAUAUUGGGUUCUUAAUCCACUUAGCUUCUUAAAAAGGAAAUAAAAAUGGUAGAGCCAGAAGGAAAAUGAAUAGUUAAUCGUGGAGGAGGAGAAAACCUAGCUCUGUACUUUGACUAGAGGCAGCUGGGGAAGUGACGUCCUGUAGCAUUUGCUGUUCUAGAAAGUACAGAGACACGUAGUGAAAAUGGGAGGAUCUAGAAGGAGGCUGUCUCCUGUGUAGUGUAUAUUUAUCUGUAAGUAAGCCUUUGGGGAAGGAAUUAAAUAGAGACGCUGCUUGCUUGCUGCCUUAAGACAGCGAAGCUGAAUUGCUGAUUUGCUUUAACUUUUAAAAUACCCAGCUUGGUUUAUUUUUCUUGGAAUCAUUGUAUUGCUAAGACUGGGGACGCUGUUUUCUUUCACAAAGGGAAAUCUAAGUUCAUUUCAAGGCAUUCGAAAUGGGGAAAGACUAUUAUUACAUUUUGGGAAUUGAAAAAGGAGCUUCAGAUGAAGAUAUUAAAAAAGCUUACCGAAAACAAGCACUCAAAUUUCAUCCGGACAAGAACAAAUCUCCUCAAGCAGAGGAAAAAUUUAAAGAGGUCGCAGAAGCUUAUGAAGUAUUGAGUGAUCCUAAAAAGAGAGAAAUAUAUGAUCAGUUUGGGGAGGAAGGGUUGAAAGGAGGAGCAGGAGGUACUGAUGGACAAGGAGGUACCUUCCGGUACACCUUUCACGGUGACCCUCAUGCCACAUUUGCAGCAUUCUUUGGAGGUUCCAAUCCCUUUGAAAUUUUCUUUGGAAGACGGAUGCCUGGUGGUAGAGAUUCUGAUGAAAUGGAAGUAGAUGGAGAUCCUUUUACUGCCUUUGGAUUCAGCAUGAAUGGAUAUCCGAGAGACAGGAAUUCUGUGGGACCAUCCCGCAUUAAACAAGAUCCUCCAGUUAUUCAUGAACUUAGAGUAUCACUUGAAGAAAUAUAUAGUGGUUGUACCAAACGGAUGAAGAUUUCUCGAAAAAGGUUAAAUCCUGAUGGAAGGAGUUAUAGAUCUGAGGACAAAAUUCUCACCAUCGAGAUUAAGAAAGGGUGGAAAGAAGGCACCAAAAUUACUUUUCCAAGGGAAGGAGAUGAAACGCCAACUAGUAUCCCAGCAGACAUUGUUUUUAUCAUUAAAGAUAAAGAUCACCCAAAAUUCAAAAGGGAUGGAUCAAAUAUAAUUUACACUGCUAAAAUUACUUUACGAGAGGCAUUGUGUGGCUGCUCAAUUAACGUGCCAACAAUGGAUGGAAGAACCAUACCUAUGUCAAUAAAUGAUAUUGUGAAACCUGGAAUGAGGAGAAGAAUAAUUGGAUAUGGGCUGCCAUUUCCAAAAAAUCCUGACCAGCGUGGUGACCUUCUAAUAGAAUUUGAGGUGUCCUUCCCAGAUACUAUAUCCUCAUCAUCCAAAGAAAUACUUAGGAAACAUCUUCCUGCCUCAUAGAAUGAAAAACUUUGUUACGCAUAUUUUGAUAAGGCACUGAAAAUAUAAAAGGACUGGCAGUUUACUGAUGUAGAUGUGAAUUCUGUAUAAAGAUGUGUAAAUUAUUUUGAGGAUUCAUUAAAUUGCAUGAAUAGAGACGGGUCAAAUAAAUAGGCAAAAGGGAUUUUUACAGUUAGAGAUGAAGAGAAAACCUAUUCACUGUAUUUUAUUUCAUUUCUCCCAAAUCAGAAAUUUUUAGUAUUUUGCUUCAUGUAAAAUUUGUUUGUGGAGUUAGUGGAUAUAUUUCUAAUAAAGUACUAGCCUAUCCUAAAGUACUUUAUUUCUUUUAUCUUUACAUUAUCAGUAUGAUAGGUUCUCAUUUAUAAUGGAAAUUUAAAUUCUUAACUAAACUACACAUGUGAUAUGUAUUUCUAGAAAAUUAAAGCCCAAGUCAUUUGGAAAUGUGGUUGACUAGAUUUAAAUCUCCAUCUGAAAUGCUGCUAUAGGGCUGGUACCCGUAAAAGAAUAUACUAAUGCAUAUGUUUCACCAUUUUGAUUUUUAAAGUAUGCUGUAGCAUUUCUUAAUAACAUAGUUGUAAUGUUCUUAAGGCAGACAUUUUCAUCAUAAAAAGGAAAUUAAUGGCAAUUUAUCUCCUGUGGAAAUCCCAAUUGCCUGAAUUACUGAUAUUUUAGAAAUAGGCUGUUUUUAAAAUGCCAUAUGUAAUUUUAUGCAAGUUGACUAUAUAUCUUGGACUUAAUAAAUUAUAGGCACAUUUUAUUGUCCACUAGUUUAAAAUAAUUUGUUUAAUAAUAAAUGUGUUUUUAGAGGAAAUAUUGUUACUUGGAAUUAAUUUUCCAAUUAUACAGUCUUCUAUAACUUACUGAUAAUAUGCUAUAUGUACCUUAUGCAAUUUCCCUAAAAAGAAUAAAGUACCACUAUGGUGUUAAACCAAAAUAUGGGGAAAAUAAACACUAACUGCUGCUUAUGAAUGAUGUUGCUACUACUUGUUAUGCAUAUAAAUAUUUUACUUUUUCAUAUACAUAGAUUGCAUUUCUUAGGUGUUUUAAUUUUUUAAAUAUAUUUAUGUUUAAAAAAUUGUUUUCUUUUUCUUUUAACUAGAGUAAGAGUGAUGUCUUGAAACAAAGUUUUUGGUUCAAAAGUAGUUUUCAGGAUGAUUGAUAUAUGUACAAGCUAUACUGGAUCCUAUCACUCUUUAGCAGACUAAGAGUCUUUUAGAAAGCCAAUAAAUAGGUUGUAAUUAA